UCUACUUGCAAAAUGUUCUAGUAAAAAAAAUGUCUCCCAGAACCAAUUAAUUUCGUAAGUACAGGUACCACUGUAUAUAUAUCCUGGAGUUACAAUUUCUUAAUUUCAAGUUUUCCAUCUCAUUGCCAAUGUGCAGUAUGUGAACCACUACACUGCCAUCAGAUGCAAAUUCUCAUUCUAGCCUUCCCGAAGGUCACGUGUCUUUCCUUCUCACACAUUGCCUCCUUCCACCCGCCUCCCUCGCUCUCUCCCCCUCGCUCUCCUAACUGUACUCUCCUCUUUUGCAGCCCUCUCCCUCACACACUCACGCGGCAUCCUCCCCUCUCACUCAGCUCUCCUCCUUCCUCUUCUCUCAUCCGCCGGCACAUCUCACCUUUCGCAUCCCACCACGUCUCGCCCCAACCCUCCCACCUCCGUCUCGUCUCGCCUCCUCUUCCCCCUCUCACCUUCUGACACACACUCACACACACACACACACACACACACAUACGCACACACAUGCACACACGUGCCAAUUGUCAGAUUGAGACCAGAGCGACGUUCACUUAACAGUUUGCUGGCGCCUUGCGGCUUCUUGACACCGAGCGCAGCUGAGGAAGAGGACGCGGCCAUGGAGCACAGCCACAUCUUCCCCGUUUCCACCGCCAACGAGAGUAGCCAGAGCGUCGGGCAGCAUCCCUCGGAGGGGGCCCCGGGAUGUCCCCUUGGACCGCUGCCUGUCAUCUACUACAGCGUCUUGCUGUGUCUCGGCCUGCCGGCCAACAUCUUGACGGUGGUCAUCCUGUCCCAGCUGGUGCUGCGUCGUCAGAAGUCGUCCUACAAUUAUCUGUUGGCGCUGGCGUCUGCCGACAUCAUGGUCCUGCUGCUCAUUGUUUUUGUCGAUUUCAUACUGGAGGACUUCAUUCUGGCCACGCCGCUGCCGCCGUAUAUAAACAGCGCGGUGCAGGUGCUGGAGUUCUGCUCCAUCCACACGUCCAUCUGGAUCACCGUGCCCCUCACCGUCGAUCGUUACAUUGCCGUUUGCCACCCGCUGCGCUACCACACCGUCUCCUACCCGGCGCGCACGCGGAGGGUGAUAUUCGCCGUCUAUAUUGGGUGCCUGCUCUCGGCCGCGCCGUACUACUGGUGGCCGGAGCUGUGGCACAGCUUGCCCGCUGUGGCGAGCGGGGGCGGCGGCGAGAAGGACAUCCGAACCGCGGCCCAACACGUCCUGGUGUGGGCUCACUGCGCCACCAUCUACCUCCUCCCCUGCGCCGUCUUCUUCACCCUCAACGCCGUCAUCGUGCGCAAGUUGCGGCGCCGCCGCAGCUGCUUCCGCAUGCGUGGCUACUCCACCGGCAAGACCACCGCCAUCCUGCUCGCCAUCACCUCCAUUUUCGCCGUUCUGUGGGCACCUCGGACCCUCAUGAUACUCUACCACUUCUACUCGUCGCCACCGGCCUCGGCGGGCGGCGGGCGCCUGCUGCACAUGCUGACGGAUCUGGCCAACAUGCUGGCGUUGCUCAACACCGGCGUCAACUUCUUCCUUUACUGCUUCAUCAGCAAGCGUUUCAGGGCCAUGGCGGCCAACGUGCUGCACGCGCUGGUCCACUGCCGGAAGCAGCCGCAGCCCUUCUAUGCCAGCCACAAUUUCUCCAUCACGAGCAGUCCCUGGAUCUCACCGGCCAACUCCCACUGCAUCAAGAUGUUGGUGUACCAGUACGACAAAAACGGGAAGCCUAUUUGUAUUUCCUCUUGAGGGCUAAAGCUCAGUUGUCAGUGGGGCGGGGGGAGAGAGGCAACAUCGGGGCUUUUGUCUCCUUGGAGACCAUCCCUGCCUGCACGGGACUCUUUGGGAAAAGGUCAGCCUGCACGGCGGGAACAGCGGUGGCACUUAAGCUAGCUUUGAGCCGAAACAAAGCGUUACGACAGAAAAGCGUGCGACGGUGACAAAAAGUUGUUCUGAAUUACAAUGCGGGAACCAGUAUCUCUUUGCAAAAAAAAAGAAAUAAAUACAAUCUACAGACUCUCGAGCUCAUCGUCGCCCAAACCACGGUCCGAUGGCCCCGUAUGUGCCGUUUUUGGGUCGCCAUCUGUACCGGCGGAUUCAUAGCCCCAUGGGAGGCAUCAACGGCUUUGGUGCUACGAGGUCACCAGUCUAUGAACUAUGAACACCUGCUACUUUAUGUGCCAGAAUGUUUCAGUAAGUCUGAUCAGGGGCGUACUCGGGCACAGCCCCCAAAUUGGCGUGCCCAGUCGUUAUCCUACAACAACUAGUUUUAAUAUGCAGAAGAGUCUUUAAGAGCCUUUUUUCCCCCUCCCCUUUUGGUGCUCGCUCUGAAAGUAACAAGCUCGUUGUGACAACUGUGUAUAUCGUCGGUCCAAUAUGUAUUCACGCUAGACUGUUACUGUAGCUUCACAAAGAUGUUCAGCAGUAUGGCUAUGAGCUAGUUAUCGUCGUUUCCAGUAUUAGAAAGAGGAAAUUUCUGCCAUUAGUGGAUAGUCCUCCGUGAACUAAUAAUGGCUCUGGAUGAUUUACCAUCAGCCAUUAUCUGGAUGAAUAUAAUGAAUGUCAUCAAACGUCUUUUUAACCCUUUAUUGGGGUACAUUUGAACAAAUGGUUUGUACUUUAAGGGGCCAACACGGUGCCAUAGUGGCUAGCAAAUCUGCCGCGCAGUUCUGAGCUUUGGUUGUCAAAUCUCGGCGCCGCCCAGUGUGGGGUUUGCAUUUUCUCCUCGACUU